CACUCUGUUCCGGGCAUUCCGAGUCCGUUGGUAAACCAUCCCUUCACAAAGUACAUGGCACCGCAUCAACCAUGCGCUAAAUAUCAAUACGUACUUACAUCGUCCACUCCGAAGAUAGUCCCGGUCACAGACCAAGAACUCAAGGAUGAAGAAUCACCAGCUGACUACAACGCUGGUGGGUAUAUGGUCAUCAAGAUCGAUGAUACAUUCAAAGACGGUCGGUAUAUCGUAGCACGCAAGUUAGGCUGGGGCCAUUUUUCAACCGUCUGGCUCGUCAAGGACACUCACGAGAACCACUACUCUGCUCUCAAAGUGGUCAAGUCUGCUACGCGUUAUGCUGAGACUGCACGCGACGAAAUCAAACUCUUGUCUCAGGUAGCUGCUGCAAAUCCGCACCAUGCUGGUCGACCACACGUUGUUUCGUUCCUCGAUUCUUUUCAACAUCGCACUCCCCAGGACACUCACGUGUGCAUUGUCUUUGAGCCCCUCGGAGAGACGCUUCUCGCAUUAAUUCAACGCAACAAGAAGAAGGGUGUCCCAAAACCCCUCGUCAAGAACAUUCUCAUUUCCAUACCAGAUGUCGAAGCUCGUAUUCAUGCUGAAUUGUCUAUGUCGCCGAAGCCAACGUCGCAUCACGUAGGCGUUCCUCAGCCCACCAAGUCCCGUUCUGGCUUAACCAUUCCUUAUCGACAUGCUCCUGCAUACGAGAGACGCGUACAAAUAUUUGAUUCACAGCCACUAUCAAGUCCAUCAUCGAGAUCUGGAAGUAUGAGCGCUCACGCGAGUAGCCAUAGCUUCCAAAAGCAAUUUUCUGGGACAACUCCGAUCAGUGGCGCACCCAUCAGCCAGUUGCUUAGGAAGUCUGCUAGAGCGGACCCUACUACCAUCCUUCAUGACUCACCAGUAAUACUCUCCAGUAGCCCAUCGACUUCGUCCAUCAUCUCCUCCUCGCUAUCCACGCCAGCGGCUUCUAACAGUACUGUUAGUACACCUCCCACCUCGGUGGGAAGUGCAGACAUACCCAUCCUGACGAAAAUGGCCUCGCUUACACUCAUGAGUGCUUCGCCGGAUGUCACUUUGCGUCUAAAUAUGGAAAGUGACAUGGUCUCCGCGCAACACGUAUCUAUGUCUCCCCUCAUCCAAUCACAUUCUUCGGAUAUUCACCACAUCGCUUCCGGGCCGUCGCUUCUAACCCAAACUGCUCCGCAUCAGUCUUCCGGGCCGUCUCUCAACCGAACUCCGUCGCCUCCUUCAGGGGUGCCCGUUCUAGGACCGCCAUCAACGCCGCUUUCUACACCGUUUUCUACGCCGCUUUCGAUCAAGAUUGCCGAUCUAGGCAAUGCGACACCUUCUAAGCAGCAUUUUACAGAGGACAUUCAGACACGGCAGUAUCGCGCUCCGGAGGCUAUCCUUGGACGGCGUGACUGGGGCACAAGAGCUGACGUUUGGAGCGUUGCUUGUGUUGUUUUCGAGUUGUUGACUGCGGAAUAUCUGUUUGACCCUCAUGGACAAGGCGAGAUGUUCACAAAGGACGAUGACCACAUGGCGCAGAUAAUUGAAUUACUGGGUGAUUUCCCGUUAGAUGCGAAGAUGGGAGGAAGGUAUAGUCGUGAAAUAUUUGAUCACGCAGGGGCGCUUCGUUAUAUCAAAACGUUGAAGCCAUGGCCUCUGAAUCGUGUCAUGACAGAGAAAUACCUUUUCUCUGUCUCGGAAGCAAACGAUUUAUGCUCCUUCCUUGAACCCAUGCUUGCAGUCGAUCAAAGGGAACGCAAAGAGGUUCGCGAUAUAGUUGACCAUUAUUGGCUAGAUGUGAAGGACGAAGAGUGGGUAGGCGUUGACAGUUGGUAAUGAACUUCAUAUUUUGCUUGUGUUGGUGUUGCCGUUUUAUGGGGUUUAUGUGUCUUGGGCUAUCUGAAAUAUACACCCCGCUUUAACUGUUCUUUCACCCUACUUCAACAGUAUUUAUUCCUUAUGGCUGCACGGUAUAUUGAUAUCACAAUGACUGUUCACGACUUAGAUUCAGUCAUCCCUUCAUUUUACACGUUUUUUUUGCUACAUGUAUUGCACUCAUGAUUCUGAUUCACUUCGAAACACCUCAUGGUAAACUCAA